AUGACACCCGAAUCAUACAUGGAAGACCAUUUAAAGAACAAAGACCGACUUGACAAGGAGUGGGAAGCACUUUGUGCCUAUGAAGCCGAACUCUGUGCCACUACGGCUGCAUCUCAACCUACAAACAUUAAGAAAAAUCGCUACACUGAUGUUCUACCCUAUGACCAUUCACGGGUUGUACUAAAUGAGCUAUCAAAUGUCUCUAGCUCAGAUUACAUAAACUCUAGCAGCAUCACUGAUCACGAUCCGAGGAACCCCGCAUAUAUAGCAACCCAAGGACCUUUACCUCAGACUGCUUCCGAUUUCUGGCAGAUGAUUUGGGAGCAAGGGAGUGUUGUAAUCGUGAUGCUGUCUAGAUUGAUGGAAAAUGGUGUGGCCAUGUGUCAUCGAUAUUGGCCUGAAGAAGGAAGCGAAGUUUACCAUAUUUAUGAGGUGCAUCUGGUUUCGGAACACAUUUGGUGUGAUGAUUAUUUGGUACGGAGUUUUUACUUAAAGAAUUUGCGAACUAGCGAAACCAGAACUGUUACCCAGUUCCACUUUAUGUCGUGGCCUGAUAACGGGGUUCCCAAUUCAACAAAAGCGUUACUUGAAUUCAGGAGUGACGGAAUCGGCCGAACAGGGACUUACUGCCUAAUUGAUAUGGUAUUGAAUCGGAUGUCUAAAGGCGCGAAGGAAAUUGACAUAGCAGCUACUUUGGAACAUGUCCGAGAUCAGCGUUGUGGAAUGGUGAAAACAAAAGCUCAAUUUGAGUUUGUGUUGAUGGCCAUCGCCGAAGAAGUUCACGCAAUCUUAAAAGCUCUAUCACAAUAG